AAUCUGUUACGCCUUCUUCGCAAAGUGACCUGGAUUCAGUCUUUUUUUUGUGAUACUCAAGUAUUGUAGACAUGGCGAAGGUGAAGACGAAGAACCUACGAGGUCAGAAGAAGGAAGAUUUAACGAAACAGCUGACAGAGUUGAAAGAGGAACUUGCGAAUCUUCGUGUUGCCAAGGUUACUGGAGGGGCAGCUUCAAAAUUGGCAAAGAUAUGCACAGUAAGAAAGUCGAUUGCGCGAGUCCUCACCGUCAUUAACCAGACACAGAAGGAGAACUUGAGAAUGUUCUUCAAGGGAAAGCGCCACAAGCCCAAGGACCUGCGACCCAAGAAGACGAGAGCGAUGCGCAGAGCACUCACAAAAUACGAGCUCGGCCGUAAAACAAAGAAACAGCAGCGCAAGGAAAGACUGUACCCUGUGAGAAAAUAUGCUGUGAAGGCAUAAAUUAAAUAAAACAAUUUCCAGCCA